AGCGCUCUUUUCCCAUUUUUUUUUUCUUUUUGCCAAAAGAUACCACUGAUAUUCAAAUGCUUUCCAUUCAUUGUCUAAGAUGCUCCAUUUUUCUUGCGAUUACUUGUGCUCUUUUAGAAGAGUGCUUGCUUCGAUUCUUUGGCUAAGCACUGGUCACCCAGCUUGUCGUUAGUUUCCCUAAGACCCAAACUCAACGAGGUGUUUGGCGACUCGCUCCUUUGCCGAUGUGUCUGACCUUCAGUUGGGCGCCUGACAUCUUACUCCUUAGCGAGGUGCCUGACCUUCAGUUGGGUGCCUGGCGCCUCACUCCUUCGCUUAUGUCUUUGGUAAGCAUUUGUCACCCAGCUUGUCGUUUGUUGCCUUAAGACCCAAAGUCAACGAGGUGCCUGGUGACUUGCUCAUUUGCCGAGGUGCCUGACCUGACACCUCACUCCUUCAGCGAGGCGCCUGGCACAACACUCCUUCAGCGAGGUGCAUAACCUUUCAGCGGUGUACAUGGCGACUCGCUCCUUUGUCGCGGUGUUUGACAUUUGAUAGGGUGCCUGACACCUCACUCCUUCGGUGAGGUGCCUGGCGACUCGCUCAUUUACAUAGGUGUCUGACAUUCAGUUGAGCGCCUGUCACCUCACUCCUUCAGCGAGACGCCUGACACCACACUCCUUUAGCGAGGUGCCUAACCUUCAAUGGGCGCCUGGCACCCUGGCACCUCACUCCUUCAGCCAGGCACCUGCCACCACACUCCUUCAGCGAGGUGUCAACCUUCAGUGGGCGCCUGGCACCUCAUUCCUUCAGCCAGACGCCUAACCUUGAGUGGGGCACAUGGUGACUUGCUCAUUUGCCGAGGUGCUUGACCUUCAGUUGGGCGCCUGGCACCUUACUCCUUCAGUGAGGCGCCUGGCACCACACUCCUUUAGCGAGGUGCCUAACUUUCAGCGGUGUACAUGGCGACUCCUUCAGCCAGGCGCCUUCCGCCAGGGACGCCUGGAACCUCACUCCUUCAGCCAGGCGCCUGACACCACACUCCUUCAGCGAGGUGUCAACCUUCAACCAGGCGCCUAACCUUGAGUGGGGCGCCUGGCACCUCACUCCUUCCGCCAGGCGCCUGGCUGAAGGCGCCUAAACCUUGAGUGGGAACAUGGUGACUUGCUCAUUUGCCGAGGUGUCUGACCUUCGGUUGGGCACCUGGCACCUCACCUUACUCCUUCAGCGAGGCGCCUGGCACCACACUCCUUUAGCGAGGUGCCUAACUUUCAGCGGUGUACAUGGCGACGACUCUUUCAGCCAGGCGCCUUCCGUCAGGGGGCGCCUGGAACCUCACUCCUUCAGCCAGGCGCCUGACACCACACUCCUUCAGCGAGGUGUCAACCUUCAGUGGGCGCCUGGCACCUCACUCCUUCCGCCAGGCGCCUUCAGCCAGGCGCCUAACCUUGAGUGGGAACAUGGUGACUCUCCUUUGCCGAGGUGUCUGACCUUCGGUUGAGCGCCUAACACCUCACUCUUUUAGCGAGGUGUCUGACCUUCAGUGGAGCGCCUGGCUUCUCAUUCCUUCGUCUAUGUAUGAUACUAACAACUUAGAACCUUACUCUUGUAAGUCUAACAUUACUUGCUUUGGUUUAUUUGAGCGUACAGGCGCUUCAAUGAGGUGCCUGGCGACUCGCUCCUUUGUCGGGGUGCCUGACCUUUGGUAAGGCGCCUGACACCUCACUCCUUCAGCGAAGUGCCUGACCUUCAGUGGCAGGAUGUCUGGCACCCCCACUUUUUUGCUUGUUUUCCUUUGUUAAACUUGUUUUAAAACGAGGAUAGGCUAAUGGGUGAACGUCCAAUCACCCCUUGUGAGACUUUUUCAAUGUCAAGCUCUUCCACGCAUCGAGGUGAGUUUCGCCACUUUUUUCGGUCGGAGGCGCCACCUCCCUUCUUUUAGGCGCUUUGGUUUCUUAAAUGGACGAAGACAGAUCUGAUUUGGCUGCUCUUUUCCAAUUGGGGGCGCCUCCUUCCUUACUUUUCGCUAGGCGCCUUUGCUUCUUGUUAAACGGUAGAUACCUUUCGCCUUCUUUCUCCUAGGCGCUCCCCCCUUGAAGGCUCUCAUCGGCGCCUUUCGCUUUGACCAUUUCUGUCGGGCGCCUCACUCCGUAGAUUAGGUACGUUUUAACUCGGUUGUUCGAAGAGGAACAUUCGCUCUUUAUUUUGUUUGAAACAGAGGCGCCUCCGAACGUUGGGCUCAAUCAUACUGCUAUGUAGUUUUCCGCUGAAGAUGCCGCCUGCUCUCCCCAGCUGGCCGGUGCCUCCCCUUCUUCCUCCUCUCGGCGCUUUUGUUUCUAACUGUUUCUGCUUCCUUCCUUUGCAAAAGUUACCUCUCCAUAAUUGUUAUUUGUUGGGAGUUUCCCCUUCCAGCUCGUUAGGUGCUUUUGAGAGCAUCAACAAGUAAGCGCCGCCCUUCGUUAUUGCCAGGCGUUCUUUCAAUUGAAGGCGCCGCCUUCUAGUUUUCUCAUCUUACUGCUUUCGCAGGUGUUACCGAGAGCUUCCCUCCGAUCCUUUAGGCGCUCUUGCCUACCAGCAUAGGUAGGCUUUGCCCCUCGUAUUUUCGAACGCCAUUCCUUGGAUUUUGCUAAGCGCCUUACCUUGUUUAUCGCUCUAUGAUACUUGCACCUGUUUAUAAUGCAGGUUCAGCCUCAAGGCGUCUUAAGGCGCCUUUCUCCUAGCGGUUACGGGUCGUGAUAGCGGUUUUUUUGCCUGCGCGGUACCGGCUUCAGCGUUGCACCUGUUUCUCUUCCAAGACUCGCUUCUCUGCACACCUUUCACUCCUUGCUAUGACAUCCAAUAAUUCCCAACCCUCUGUUUCUAUGGGUGGCACCUCGGAUGGUGGCACCUCCGACGACUCUAGCUCUUCCGAUGAUGCUUCGAGCAAUUCGGACUAGUAGAGUUAGGGUAUCUUUGUUCCAUGUUUGGACGAUGCUGACUUGCUAAUGCGCCUUCUGUUUAGGUGCCUUUUGCUUACUUUUUCCUGGAGCUUGCCUUCAGGGAAUGUUUUAAUUUCGUUGUUGAACAUUGAUCUCAUAAUUCUGAUGACUCUCCUCCUUAAGAAACUCUUGUUCUUUUG